UAAUGCAAAUCGUUACCAUUGCUGCCCUGUUUUCCUGUCUCUGCUUGCACUGAAGAAAAAAACUUCACCUUCCUUAUAGGCUAUAGCGACAACUCGUUGAGACUCAGAUCCCAGGAGUUCGCGGAAAUCUCAAAUUCUCUCUCACGUAACAAAACUCAGCCAUGGCAGGUUUGGCACCAGAAGGCCAACAAUUUGAUGCUCGUCAAUUUGACGCCAAAAUGAGUGAACUACUUACGGUUGAUGGACAAGAUUUUUUCACUUCGUAUGAUGAAGUCUAUGAUUCUUUUGAUUCCAUGGGUCUGCAAGAGAACCUUCUUCGGGGCAUUUAUGCUUAUGGUUUUGAGAAGCCAUCUGCAAUUCAGCAAAGGGGGAUUGUUCCAUUCUGUAAGGGGCUUGAUGUAAUUCAGCAGGCUCAAUCUGGAACCGGGAAAACAGCUACCUUUUGCUCUGGAAUAUUGCAGCAGCUGGACUAUGGCCUAAUUCAAUGCCAAGCUUUGGUGUUGGCACCUACUCGAGAACUUGCACAACAGAUAGAGAAGGUUAUGCGUGCACUUGGUGAUUACCUUGGCGUCAGGGUCCAUGCGUGUGUGGGUGGAACUAGUGUUCGAGAGGAUCAGCGCAUUUUGAUGGCUGGAGUUCAUGUUGUUGUUGGCACGCCUGGUCGUGUCUUUGAUAUGUUGCGAAGGCAAUCACUCCGCCCUGAUUACAUUAAAAUGUUUGUUCUGGAUGAGGCUGAUGAAAUGCUUUCGAGGGGUUUUAAGGACCAGAUCUAUGAUAUCUUCCAGUUGCUGCCUCCUAAGAUUCAAGUUGGAGUUUUUUCUGCAACAAUGCCCCCAGAAGCCCUUGAAAUCACUAGGAAGUUCAUGAACAAGCCUGUGAGGAUCUUGGUGAAACGCGAUGAAUUGACUCUUGAGGGUAUCAAACAGUUUUAUGUGAAUGUUGAGAAGGAGGACUGGAAACUCGAGACACUCUGUGAUCUCUACGAGACCCUGGCCAUCACCCAAAGCGUGAUCUUUGUGAACACCCGUCGCAAGGUUGAUUGGCUCACUGACAAGAUGAGGGGCCGUGACCACACAGUAUCAGCCACACAUGGCGACAUGGAUCAGAACACUCGAGACAUAAUCAUGCGCGAGUUUCGCUCUGGGUCCUCUCGUGUUCUCAUCACCACUGAUCUGCUGGCUCGAGGUAUAGACGUGCAACAAGUCUCGCUUGUGAUCAACUACGAUCUGCCCACCCAACCCGAGAACUAUCUCCAUCGAAUUGGGCGAAGUGGAAGGUUUGGGAGGAAAGGAGUUGCUAUCAAUUUUGUGACAGAGGAUGAUGAAAGAAUGCUCUUUGACAUUCAGAAGUUCUACAAUGUCACCAUUGAGGAACUCCCAUCAAAUGUUGCUGACCUUCUCUGAGUAGAUAUAUUUGGAGUUUUUGUUAGGAUUUUGCAAA